GCUAAUAUCGCAGCUAACCUCUGACCCGCGCACUGAGUCGUCUGCUGUUAGGCGGCUGAAUUGGCGCUGUCAGAUUGUAACGCAGUUGCAAAUAUGGACAUUAUUUAUCUGAAAUAAUUACAAGUGUCAGAAUAUACAUCAAUGAAGACAGAUAUACAUAUAUGUUUAAAUGUCGCGUAACAUUUUUAAUGGAAUUAAUCGUGACAUUUUAGGAAUUUAAGAAAGAUGACUGGAGAAAUUUUAGGUUUACUUUUCUGUCUUACAAACGUGUUAUCUUUACAAUUCGAGCCCCUGUUCAACGAUGACGUUACAGAGGUCAAGGUCGUUGCAGGCUCCACCGCAUUGCUGCCGUGUUACGUGCUAAAUAAAGGAGAACACACGAUUAUAUGGAUGAAUCCGAAAAGAAUUCUGUUCAGCAACGAGCAGCAAAUAGUAAUUGACGACAAACGCGUUGGGAUCGUAGUCUCUGGAAGUGGAGAUUGGAACCUGCGCAUUGAGCAUGCGCGCUACAAUGACAGUGGCGAAUACUCUUGCCUGCUGAACACAAAACCGGUGAAAAUCAAGAGGGUGUUCUUGUUUGUCCAAGUUCCAGCCCACAUUUUGAACCAGGAAUCGAGCCGUGAUAUAGAAGUUGAGGAAGGCAAUAACGUCACACUCCGUUGCCGGGCAACAGGCGUUCCUCAACCAAACAUAACGUGGUUUAGAAGACCAUUCGUGUCUAUGGAGAACAAAGAAUGUCCUUUUACAGAUCUGAGCACGGAGGGGGAGAUGCUGACGGUACACGAUGUCCGGCGCUACCAGGCCGGCGUGUACGUGUGUCUGGCGUACAACGGCGUCCCUCCCGCUGUUACAAGGGAAAUGCAGGUCAACGUGCAAUACAUUCCUGUCGUGAAAUUGCUCAAUACACGUCUUGGACAAAUACUAGGCAGAGAGACUAUUCUGGAAUGCUCGGUUACGUCAUAUCCGCGCGCGAAAAUCACGUGGUUAAAACAUGGCAUUCCGAUACAACACAGCUACAAAUACCGCAUGGAGCUGUAUCCUGGCAAGCAUGACACUCACACGCUGACCAUGACGAUAUACACAAUCAAUGAGCGUGAUUUCGGCGAGUACACGUGCGAGGCCACUAAUAGAAUGGGCACGAAGAGAGAAACUAUGACACUGUAUGAGUAUAUUGAGCCCACACCCACUACCCCAACCACGCGGCCCCCUAAAUCGUGGGCCCGUAGCUCAACGGGUUACCAAGAGGAAUACUACGAACAAUAUGCACCCAACAUCAGACAGAAACCUUUCGGCUCGAACCCAGUACCUCUCGACCGUGCAUCGUCCCUUGAUAAAAAGGCCUAUGCUACAGGUGUGCUUUUAAAGCGGAAAGGGUAUUACCAAGAUGGCGGCGUGGAAAAUUCUGUCAAUGACAAUCGUUAUGGUCGACUGUUAAUCCUGCUAACAGUUUCGUCCAUGCUUCUCUGAUGAAAAUGAUUUAACAUUGUGACUUUUGACAUUGUGACUUUUGGCUGAUAAUUGCAUUUCGAACAUGCGCAAACUUGCAUCAUUUCCUGUGUGUCAUAUUUUAGGCGAAAUGUGGACACACUGGUACUGUACAUUGUACAUAUAUACAAUAAGUGGGUUUUUAUGAGUGUAUAUGUCCUGUGUGUAAUCGGGAGUUCUUCACCUUAUCUUCAUACUAUGUUUUCAAAUCUUGUAAGUGCUGCUAAAACUCUUGUAUUGCGUGGCUACGCUUUAUUGUUUCUAAUCAUCAUUUAAUAAACGUUAUAAUGAAUACUAUAAUGCUCUUCUUUCCCGAAUAAAGUUCCGAUAACAGUGGUGAUCAAAUGCUAUUCUAUAUGGAUUUUAGAUUGUUAUGAGACAUAAAGUGUGCAUGUAUUCAUAAAAUGUGUAAAACUGACAAAUUAUGGCUAUUUCAUUGGAAACUGCUUAUGUUAUGCAAAAUAAUAUGCAGUUAUAAGUCCCAUUGUGGAUUCAUUAGUCUCACGAGCUCACAUACAUUUAAAAUUAAAAUGUAACUUAUACAUUUGUUAAUGAAUUUUAAGUUUGUUUCGAUACAAGAAUGGUUUCAUUUACGGUUAUUUAAACUUUAUAAUUAUAUUCGUUACAAAAAGAAAUAACGUAGAUAAAAAUGUCAAAGAUUUGACCACUACAAAUCUUAAGAUGGUGGGUAUCAGCUAUAAUUACAGCAAAGUAUUUUUCAUCAUCAUGUUUCUCCUCAAUGCCCGUCACUAACAUCAUCAUCAUCAUCAUCAAUUAUCACAAUUAUUGACAUAAACUGUAUUCAUCAUAUUUAUCAUAAUAUAUGUCUUCAUUAUGAACAUCAUAAUUAAUAAUCAUCAUCUAACACUAUCGUCAGCAUCUUUGAUCAUGAUCAUGAUCCUUAUAAAUAUAUGAAGGAUAGCUAAAAUAUUAAAUUUGACCGUUUGACCUUCAAGAGUUACCAAGACAUUUGGCGUAGUUACAUGCAUACUCAAGGAUGAGGCUGUCAUAGUAUGUCUCUUUUAUUGAUGGAUGAGGAAAAAGAAACAAAAGUUGGAGUAUUGUUAUGAUUAUGAGAAUGAGAAUAAAGCAGAAGUUAAUUAAUAUGAUGACAUGCCGAUGAUAAUAACAUGAUGAGAUAAUGACGAUGGUGUUUGUGUUCAUGAUGUUGAUUGUUGUUGCAGUGUUGAUGAAGAUGAUGAUGAUGAAAAAAAUUAUUAUGAUUUACUUAAUAGUCAUUAUUGAAGGUAUUUCUUUCUUAAUUCACUGUAUACUUUAGAUUCAGACAGAACAAUGACAUUCAAUUUUCAAAACUUGUUACGACAUACAACAUUACCUGUUUUCGCUUUUUGUUGUUCACGCUUAUUACAAUGUCCAAUUUAAAUUUCCAUAAAAUAUGUGCUGAUAUUAUUAUGUUUAAUAAAGCAGUACUUUCAUAUGUCAAUUAUUAUCUGGUAAAUAUAUUAGUGUAAUUUAAAAUCCGCUCAUUCGAACGAAUCUACUUUUAAGACCUAUGUUGUUUUAUUUUAAACAAUCAUUAUGAUUAUGUAAUGUAUGCCUUGUGUCUACCGAUGAUUUGAUGUAAUUUUUACACUUUUUAUGUAUGUCCUUAUUGUCUUAAGCCGUCUCUUAUCUUUGACUGUGAAAUAUUCAUCAAUAUGAAAUAUUUAGCAAAACUAUUUUAUUGCAUUUAUGUGGAAUUUCAGUUUGGUUUCAGUAAGAUCUUUCCGUAUUUUACAAAUGUAAUGUAAUUUUGUGUUUAGACUCUUUCACACAGCAACUAGAAUUCGAAAGUGUGUAUUUUUUAUUUACAGCUUCGCAAAAGCGGAAACAUAGCAUUGCUCAGAGGCAUGCCUGCAUGGUCCAGAGUGAUUACAAUGAAUUUAAUUUGGUUUUAUGCUACAAAUAUGCUUAACAUAAUACACGUUGUACGUAAUAAUGUACGUUAUUUGGCUGUUUCAAAAGAGGCUGCUGCUACGUUUGGAAGUAGGUUAAAUAAUAAAACAGAAACUCAAAUAUGUUUGGAGCCCUCGGAUAUAAUGCACAACCAACGCUGCAACUGAUUGAUUAACAACAAUCUCAAUUUCUUUCAUCCUCGUCACAUCGUGUUUUUGUUUCUAUUUCGUAAGGACGACCCCUCUGAAGUUGUUUAUUGUUUUAUAAAAACCGUGUUGAAAUGUUCAUAAAGAAUUUUAUUUGUAAAAUUACACAAAUUGUAAAAUAACACAUGUUUACUUAAUGGAUUUUUUCUGUAAGAUGUGUAAAACAUUUUGUCACGAAGUAUAUUAAGAUAAACAUGCGAAGUGUACACACUAUUUUUAUCGCUGACAAUAGGUUAUGUGUGUCAAUUACUAAUGUGUCAAUUAAGAUGAGGAAAGUAAACUUUGUAUUAUUGUAUUAAACUGAACAUACUGAAAGUUACAUGCAUAUUAUUGUGGUGUGGAGUCAACACUGGCAUAGACUGUACACUUGCAUGAAUUGAUACGAUGAAUGAGUAGACAUACAUGGAAUAUAGGAACGCACUAGGUUAGACAAUAAAAGGUGAAAGUUG